UUUGUCUAUCUGGUCAGACACCGUGGUCUCUUCCAUAAGUACAGUUGCACCUACCAAGAGAUGACCUUUAUCUUCACAGCUCUGCUGUCUCUGGGGCUGAAUCUGGGCCAAUGGAUCUCAGUGUUGGCAGGGAAUCCCCAUAAGCCAACCCUCAGUGUUCAGCCAGGAUCAGUGGUCACCAGAGGGAACCAAGUGACCAUCUCAUGUGAGGUGUCCACAGGCUCCCAGGAAUACCGGCUUUAUAGAGAGGGAGGGCCACAUCCCUGGCGCACAAAGAACACACUGAAGGCUGCAAACCAGGCUCAGUUCUUGAUCCCAUCAAUUGAACAACGAUAUGGAGGGAAGUAUCGUUGUUAUUAUAAGACACCCACUGGGUGGUCAGAGCACAGUGACCCUCUAGAACUUGUAGUGACAGGACUCUAUAGCAAACCCAGCCUGUCCACCCAGUCCAGCAUUGUGGUGACCUCAGGGGAGACUGUCACCCUUCAGUGUGCCUCACAGUUGAAAUUUAGCAGCUUUGUUUUGCUUAAGGAAGGAGAACAGAAGCCAUACUUGAUCCUUGACUCAGAGUUUAUAAACUCUACUGGACAAUUCCAAGGCCGAUUUCCUGUGGGCCCUGUGACCUGCAGCCAGAGGUGGAUAUUCAGAUGUUAUGGCUAUCAUGUCAACAGCCCUCAGGUGUGGUCGGAACCCAGCGAUCCAUUGGAAAUACAUGUGUCAGAAGCUGCUCAGCCCCUCGGGACAUCACCCAAUAUGUCAGACCCCAAGACAGUUUCACAGGCCCGGGAUUACAAAAUGGAGAAUCUCAUCAGGAUUGGGGUGUCAGCCUUGGUCCUCGUGUGUCUUGGCAUUCUGCUGUGUGAAGCUCAGCACAGCCAAAGACGAACCCAACAUGCAGCCAGGAGAGAAAAUAGUGUUUCUUUCACGAUGGCGAAGACCUGGGAAUAAGUCCAAGGACUUCAUGCGGUUCUUUUAAAUCUGGGGCUUACAGCGGGGAACCAUUUUCAUAGACUAUCCAGGGAGCAAAUGUGAAUUGAGUGUAAGGAGACAUCUGGGUAUCGUGGCGAAGAGGUCUUCUAGAUCAAAUCAUGAUGCUAUCUCUUCACCUAAAUGUAUACUUUAGCUAAUUAACUGCUCUCUCCUCCCACCCCCAGUGACUGGAGGGAGGGAUGAUCCCAUCCCAUCAGUCAGGUUUGGGACCUAAUCUGUGUAUCUUCUGUCCCCCAACCUCCCGAUAGGCAACAUUUUACUUUAUGAUAUGCUAUCCCAUUCUCCACCUGCAUCAUGAGUCAUUGUCUUCUCUACUGAAAAUAAAAAAGUUGGCUGAGAAAGCAAAAAAUAAUG